AUAGACAAGUUUUCCGAGGGAAAACCCGUGCCGUUUCAGUGUCUGGUGCCGUUUCGGUAUUAUUUGACUGUGCUUUUGGGGUAAAGUGUUCGAGCCUAAUUCUGAAACUUUCAUUCUGGGGCAGGUCCCCAGAAUGGUUGAAAUACGUGCAGAGUUCAACGAAAUCGAAGAUGCGAUUCUUAAAUAGGCAUUGUGCCACCCGUCAGCUUCACAAUAUGACAGCUGCGCAAGCAACUUUCCUUUUUUGCACUCUAUUGCAGGCCAUUUUUACAGAAGGUCAAAUACCCGAUUCCGAGCCGGAGUUCUUAGCUCCCCUGGAGAAUCACACAGUCACCCAGGGACGAGAUGUCUAUUUCACAUGCGUUGUUAAUCACUUAGGCGCUUACAAGGUUGCCUGGAUAAAGUCUGAUACAAAAGCUAUUUUGGCAAUACACAUUCACAUGGUGGCUCAGAAUCCUCGUCUUUCUGUAACACACAAUGGACACAACACGUGGAAACUACAUGUAUCUAAUGUACAAAAGAAUGACUCCGGCACGUAUAUGUGUCAGAUAAACACAGACCCUAUGCGAAGUCAGAUGGGUAACUUAGAAGUAGUGAUAUCACCAGAUAUAUUAUCAGACAACGAACCUAAUGAUGUUACUGAAGCCGUUGAAGGGGGCACAAUCCGCCUGAAAUGUAAAGCCACGGGAGUACCGGAGCCUACUGUUGCUUGGAGAAGAGAGGAUGGAAGUAAUAUAAUCUUAAGGCAUGAAGGAAGGGAUAAACAAGUACUGCGAGUCUUCGAUGGAGAAUCAUUGACGUUAAUGAAUGUUCAACGUACUGAUAUGGGUGCCUAUUUAUGCAUAGCCAGUAACGGAGUGCCCCCAUCUGUGAGCAAACGUUUCAACAUCAUUGUACAUUUUCAUCCCUUAAUUAGAGUUUCAAAUCAGCUAGUGGCUGCCCCAAUAACCAGUGAUGUCCACGUACAGUGCUACGUAGAAGCAUCUCCGAAAGCCAUGAACCACUGGAUGCGAGACAACGGUGAAAAACUAAUUCCUAGCUACAAAUAUAUCAUGGAAGAAUCGGUUAUCAACGAAUAUUCAUUACAAAUGAAUUUAACAAUUCUCAACUUGGAUAAAACUGAUUUUGGAGGAUACGUUUGUACAUCUUCCAAUGCUUUAGGAAAGUCUGAAGGUCUAGUGAGAUUACAAGAGAGAGUAGUAAAAUCUACAAGUACAGCGAGUACCCCAAAAUAUAUAGAAACUAAACCUCGAAAACCAAGUUUCAAAGACAAAUCGAAAAAAUUGAAACCUUUACGAAAAAAAGAGAACAAUGACAAUAAAAACGAAGAGGAACAAUUAGUUUCAACUCAUUUACUACCUGAAUUUCCUACAUCUAUUCCUACAGUUACCACACUUAUCACAACUAGUCACCGAUCUUGGAUAAACGUAAGAGAUAACAACAGAUGCGCCACUACGUCAUUGAAUAGAAAUUGUUAUUGGUUGGUAGCUUUUAUUUUGUUAAGAAUUUGUUUUUAUGAUUAAACUAUUCUUAUGAACGAAUUGACAUAUUUUCAAAACAACAAAAUGGGAUACAGUAAAUAUUUUUUAAUCAAAUAGGAUUUACGAUUUUUAAGCUGGGGGUGAAUGUCUCAGCUUCAGAAAAAUAUAUUACAUUGUAUAAUCUAGAAUUUGAUAAAUUUAUCCACUCCACUGAUAUAGAAGUUAUUCAAUUAGUUCUUCUCACAAACACAUUGAUGAAUCACAAAUGAAAGUCACUAUAAAGAUAUUUUAAAAGAAGUACCAAAUUUUACAUUUUUAAUGAAGUGAUUGUAAAGGAAACUACAUAAAAUUUGUACUGUUUGGAAUCUGUUUUUUUCAAUUUAUCACCUCUAAAAAUAAUUGAAAAUGUGUAUUUUUCAUGUAUUGAAAUUUUCAAUGAUGAUAUGUGUUGCAUUCACCCCUGAGAAAAUGAUAGUUUCAUUACCAUUUUUUCUAGAAUUCGUCUUCCUUGUAUUUGUAUAAACUCUCGUCUGAGUUCCAUAUCAACGUGUCUUCCCAUUUUGAAAAGUAUUUUUUUACUCUGCCUAUGCCGAGACUUCAGCAUUAGGUAAUUUUAUAAAUGAUAAAAAUAAA